AAUACUUUCUCUAAAACCGUCUUCCCCUCUUUUAACUCCUCUGUUGCUCAUUCUGCCUUUGCUGUUUAAUCAUAUUUGUACUUUGCCGGUUUGCUACGUAAUCCUGUGUAUUUAUUUUAACCGUUUCCUCUCUGUCUGUAGUAACAGUUUGUGGUGGGUCGCUUUCUCAUGUUACUGUGAGGUACUGCCCCGCUGCUGCCUGCUGCGCUGCCUCCUGGUAUGGCGUAUGUGUACAGCAAGUCCCACACCUUGAGCAAGGAUGAUGUGAACUACAGAAUGCAUUUCCGAAUGAUAAACGAGCAGCAGGUUGAGGAUAUCACCAUAGAGUUCUUCUACAGGCCGCACACGAUAACGCUGCUGACAUGCACGGUGCUGAGUUUGAUGUAUUUCGCGUUCGCGAGAGAUGAUGGAAAUCCCAACAAUAAUCUCUGGGUGGGGCUCAUCCUGGUCAUCUCCUUCUUUCUUGUCAUCAGUGUUUUGGCAUUUCCUAACGGACCAUUCACUCGACCGCAUCCAGCAAUAUGGCGAAUCGUUUUUGGUCUGAGUGUCCUCUACUUCCUGUUCCUGGUGUUAGUCAUCUUCCUCAACUGGAGGCAAGUGAAGCAACUAAUGUAUUGGUUGGACCCAAACCUGCGUUAUGCCAAGAGAGAGGCAGACAUAAUGGACUAUGCUGUGAAUUGCCAUGUCAUCACCUGGGAGAGAAUCCUGAGCCAUUUUGACAUUUUUGCAUUUAGCCAUUUCUGGGGCUGGGGUAUGAAGGCCCUGCUUAUUCGAAGCUAUGGCCUCUGUUGGACCAUCAGUAUUACCUGGGAGCUCACUGAGCUGUUCUUCAUGCAUCUGCUGCCUAACUUUGCCGAGUGCUGGUGGGACCAGGUGAUUCUGGACAUCCUGCUGUGUAAUGGAGGAGGCAUCUGGCUUGGCAUGACUGUCUGUCGCUUUUUGGAGAUGAGGACCUACCACUGGGCCAGUAUUAAGGACAUCCACACCACCACGGGGAAGAUCAAGCGAGCCGCGUUACAGUUCACCCCUGCGAGCUGGACCUACGUACGCUGGCUUGACCCAAAGUCUUCCCUGCAGCGAGUGAUGGGCGUCUAUCUGUUCAUGAUCAUCUGGCAGCUGACAGAGUUGAACACAUUCUUCCUCAAGCACAUUUUCAUCUUUCCUGCAAGCCAUGCUCUUAGCUGGUGUCGGAUCCUGUUCGUCGGUAUCAUCACAGCUCCCACAGUGAGGCAGUAUUAUGCGUACCUCACAGACACACAGUGCAAGAGGGUUGGGACCCAGUGCUGGGUGUUUGGGGCAAUAGCCUUUCUGGAGGCCUUGGCAUGUAUUAAGUUUGGACAGGACUUGUUCUCAAAAACGCAGAUCCUCUAUGUGAUCCUCUGGCUGCUGUGUUUGGCCUUCAUUACAUUCCUCUGCCUGUUUGGAAUGGUGUGGUGUGCUGAAAAUUAUGGUCCAAGAGAAACGAGCCUCUCAGAAUGUGAAGACAGUAAUUACCCUGAAUCUGCUGACCAUGUGUCAGAAGUAUUUAAAGAGUUUGGUGUUUCAGAAGACACGGAUGUGGACGACGACAGCCCUACAACCCGACGCAGAGGGAUGGGCUCUGGAAAGACCAAAUCCAUCAAUGGCCUGGACAGCCAGUAGGAGUCGGAGUUGGAUCCAGAGGCUGGUGUGCGACUCCUGAACUCACUCCAGGGAGCCAGGUGUGAAGGAUCACAGGUUGAAAAAAAAAAAAAAAAAGGGGGUAAAGAUGCAACCACUUCCUGGUGUAAUUAAAGUCUAGAACGCUCCCAUCGACAGUAGAGGGAGUGGAGACAGGAGAGGCUAAGCGGAUGAACAGGCCCAUGCAGUGUUGUUAGGAGUGCACAGAGGCUUGGACCAGAGAGAUGCACACUUAACUGUGUGCUGUAGUCAUAAAAAAACUCCUAAACCACUGUUCACAGUGUGUGUGAAGAGUGAGAGAGAGAGAGAGGGAGGGAAAGCGUGGUUGUGUGUUCGUGAGAAAGAGGUGGCAAUAAAAACUGCCGAUUUAUAGAUAUGACUGCAUGAUCAUUAUAGCUGAUGAACUAUAAUUUCCAAUUAUUCUACGAUACAGUAUAUCAUCGAUGGACAAUGUACAUUUGACUGGUUUACACCAGUCUUAACUCGUACGUUGGUUCAACACAUUUUUAAUGUUAAAAGCCAUUCUGUAGACUUUAUCACAUUUGUUUAUAGCACAGAGGCUACGGUCUUUUUAUUAGCCUCUGCGUCUAUUGUCUAUUUACAUCAUAGGUGUUCAGUGUUUUCGUGUUUAUAACUUGAAUGUGGGCAGGAGUUCAAUGCAACACGGCUUUAGCUCGGUAGGAUCAUCGACCGAGGAUUGUGUUUGGCCUGGAACAAAGCAAAGCACACAGUUUAAGCACUUUUCAGAAUAUUUUCUUGCAAAUACUGUACAUUUUGUAACGCUUGAGUAUUUUGUGAAUCAUUGUGACUUUGAGUGAUUUUACUCUCCCUGUCCAUCUGUGGCUGCUAUCUUUUUUUUUACUGUACUGAUAACAGAGGGCAAUUAUUCAAAUUCCUGCAUGUGUUGUCAGGUUCUACCUGUCUGAGUGCAGGUGUGUUUUUGUUUAACUGUCGACCUUAUUGUUAUGGCAUAUAUUGCAUUUGCAUGGCUGUGUCAAAUGAAGUGUUUUAGUAAGAAAAGAGUAGUCAAGAGAUCUUCGUAUGACACCACACACCAGGGCGCUAGUAUUGUUGGUCUUUCACUGUCAUCGAAACAUUUUAAUUCGCCCCUUGUGCCUGUUUGCGUGUUUUUUUUAUUCUCAGUUUGUAUUACGACUAAAUGUGUGCUUUUUGUGUUUUGAUUCUUCUGCUUUAAGUGCUUUCUUGAGCGUUUUAUUUUCAUUUGCUCUGUCGGCAUCAUCUCGGGACAGAUAUAUCCCUCACAGUCCUCGACAUCCAGACGUCGACCUCUGUGGAAUGGACCAGGCUCCCCUGCUACAGCAGACACAAUCAAUGCUACAUUGUCUCUGGAUUUAGAUGUCAUUUGCCAAAAAACUGUUCUGAUUUUAAAAA